AUGGACCGGCUCAAGCCCAAGCGAGCAGCACGCCGUGCCCAAGUAACGAGGAUAGUCAACGAGGUCAUCGACCUUCGACAGAAUCUCAGCGUAAAUAGGACCAUGUUGAAUGGACUACUGGCUCGAUUGGAAGUGGCCGAUCGGGAACUCCGAAAGGUGAAUAAGGAGAUUGAAGUCUACAUCAAGGAGGACGAACUCGCAACGGAAUGCGAAACCGUGUUUAGUUAUGAGGAACAGGUGGCCAAUGCCAUGGCCGAGGUGCAAACCCGUCUAGCAGACCUUCACUCCGUGGAACAGCAGGCAACUUCGGUGACCUCAGAGGCUCUUUUGCCUGCCACGCCACGAGCCAGCGAGCAAGCUCCGGCAGGCGUCAAGCUCCCAAAGCUGCAACUGAUGACUUACGGGGGCGAGCUCACCCAAUGGCAGAUGUUCUGGGAGCAAUUUCGCACUGCGGUGCAUGACAACCGGCGACUCAACAAGACUGAGAAGUUUCAGUACUUGACCACUUUGCUGAAAGGCCGAGCUGCAGCCGCCAUCCGUGGGUUGCAGGCAACUGCUAGCAACUAUGACGACGCCAUCGAGAUCCUGGUACAGCGUUUUGGAGAUACGUACCAGAUUGAGCGAGAGUAUCUGGCCAAGCUACGAACUUUGCCAGGGGUAAAGUCCCGAAGAGACCCGUCAGGGCUCCGACGUCUGUACGACCACGUUCAAGCCAAUGUUCGUGGCCUGAAAGCCCUGGGUGUAAUGACAAGCAGCUACGCACCAAUGUUGGCGGACAUCCUUCUGUCGGCGAUCCCUUCGGAAAUGGUUGUCGAGCAUCACAGGACCGUGCGGUAUGGAACGACUGCCCUCCGCGACACUAGAGCCGUUCAGAGCGCGACGGCCACACCGGAAGCUCAAGUUGCUACAGCCGAGGGAGGGACAGAUGAGUUGACUAAGGUUCUCAACUUCAUUGGCAUCGAAUUGGAGAGUCUAGAGCGAUCGGGGGUCAAAGACUCCAAGCCGCCAUCGGGGACUAAACCGUACCAUGCCCAAGGAAGCAGGAGUGUUCCCACUGGGAUGGUUCUUCAAAGUACCACCGAGAGCGCUAUAAAGUGUGCAUUCUGCUCCUCAGUUCAACACGACACGGUAGACUGCCAAGAGAACCUACCAGUAGCCGAGAAAAUGAAGAGGCUGGCGAAAGAGGUGCGGUGCUUCCGGUGCACCAGAAGAGGACAUCGUUCAAGGUACUGUCGCGCCAAAGUGACCUGCAGCAGUUGUGGCAGCAGGCACGUUGCCGUAGUCUGCAACCCGUCGCGAUCACAACCUGAACGUGCUUCUGACGCCGUGGCGAUGAUCAGUGUGAUGGCAGCGAGCAACCAGAUCAUAAGUAACAAAGACAAGCGACCUCAUGACACGGAGGAUCUUCCCGAAGUGCCUACCACUCAGCAGUUUGUGGAAUUGUUACGACGAGAAGGACAUCUAAUUGCGGACGACGUUCUAUUCCCAAGCGUGAACUGUGAAGCAGGCAUUGGUCUACUGGUUGGCAGCGACGAAUUGUGGAGACUCUUAACAGGAGACGUGAAGAGGGACAAACAGGACGACAGAUUGGUAGCCAUUGAUACGGUCUUUGGCUGGACCUUCCAAGGAACCUCACGUCUCAGCAGUGAGUGCACGGAACGAUCGACAACAGCCGUGUGCGUCCUAAGGAUGGGAUGCACAGCCGAAGAACAAGACGUGAUAAAAAACUUCUGGGAGUUGGAUAGCAUCGGCAUUCGGGAUGAAGUCAUGACCAACACCGAACAUGACCAGCUAGUGCUGGAUGAGUUUAAGCGAAACAUUAAGAUGCUGGUCGGACGCUACGAAGUGGCCUUGCCAUGGAAAAGUCUCAAGGGGGAGCUAGGCAGCAACCUUGAAGUCGCCGAAAAGCGGUUGCAAGGGCUUGUGAAACGUUUAGCCCACAGUGACGCCAUCCAGCAGUACGACGAGGUCAUCCGGAACUACCUAACAAACUGGCACGCGGAGGUAGUCUCCACCAACUGCGCGAAGCCUGAGCGGAUCUACUACAUGCCUCACAGAGCUGUGGUCCGUAACGAGUCAUCAACCACAAAGGUUCGAGUGGUGUUCGACGCCUCGUCGCACGCGCCAGGUGUUCCUUCAGUCAACGAUCAUCUGGAGAAAGGCCCGAAAUUAGGAGCAGAUCUAAUUCCCGUAUUGCUGCGCUUCAGAUUACACAAAGUAGCAAUCACCGCUGACAUUCAAAAGGCGUUCCUGCAGAUUGGCAUCAAAGAAGAAGACAGGGAUGCACUGAGGUUUUUGUGGUUCUCUUAA